AUUCUAAUCAACUAUGAUAAUUCGCGAAACUGAUUUGUAUGUAUAUAAUUCUCAUUCGAAUUGAUCUUUUAAUUCGCUCUUUUAUAUUCUUACAUGGUCGAUAAAUCAGUAAAAGAUCAUUCCUAUUUUAUCAAGAGCUAUCGGUAACUUUUAGAGUUAUUCAUUAGACUGUUGGUAGGGUAGAAAUUUCAUACGAAACUUCUAUCGAUAAGAUGGUAAAUAAUAAAAAAUGAAUUGUUACAUUGCAAUGUAAUAAAUUGAAUGAUAAUAAUAAAUUGUUAUUUUCUUCUUUUAUAAGAUAUGUGAUAUUAAUCAAUAACAGUGUUUUGUGUAUAAAAUGUAUGAGUACAUCAAAGAUAUUGAAUAUCCUGUAAUAUGACACAUAAUCAAUAUCAAAAAAUAUACAUUUAAAGGAAGUAAUAGAAGCACGUGGCGAAAGGUUUGAUCGAUCUCAUGAAAAUUGAUUUAUUUAAGUACUUUUGAAAAUAACAAGUACUUAUUCACUGUCCAUAAAAAUUCCAUUGUGCGAUUGCUGUUAUUUUGAAAAGUUUAUGUUUGCGAUGCAAAGGAAUAACAAUCACGUGUAAACGAUGUGCAAUUUAAUUGGAUUAAAAUGCUUUUAGAAAACUACUUGACAAAAAUAUACAUAAAUACAUACAUGGAUAUUAUGUUAGUCGAUUGAUACGCGCGCGCACUUUCACGAAGGGAUAUCGAAAUUGUCGAGCGGCUCAAACACUCGAAAUCCGUGCAGCGGGAUAGUUCAACCUCCAUUCUUUAUCUUCACAAACAUUAAUUAAAAUCAUGGAUAGUUCAUCAAGAAAAGAACGAAAAAUAGAUUACGUAGAUAUUCCAAAGAUUUAUCAAAUAGACGUAAUGGCGGAAGAAAUGUUGGAACGAUAUUUGACUGAACAAAAGGACAUUUGCGAGCGACUCUUCAAAAAUGGUAGUCAAAGUGAGGAUGAAACAGGAAUGAAAAUCGAUAAAGAAAUUUUGCAAUGUCCUCCGACCUUCGAUGGAUUACUGUGUUGGCCACGUACACUUGCUUCUCGAACAGCUAUCCUUCCUUGUCCACCGGGAUUAAUUUUAGGAACGUCUUACGAUUUACUUUUUUCUUCUUCAACACACUCUUUGAAAGAAUCUACGGAUAUGUUGAACAACGAAUCGAAUAUUUUGAAGGAAUGGAUUACUUCGUCCUUUAAUACUUCUGCGAUAGCGAGUAAAUUAUGUCUUGCUAAUGGUCAAUGGUAUAUAAAUGAUCAAAGUGUCGCUUGGAGUAAUUAUACUCUUUGUAUACGCUCGAAUAAUGUAGGUACAGGAUAUUUUUGGAAAUAUGUGAAAUUGGAAAAUACUUCGUUAGUGGGCAAAUGGUUACCGAUAAUUAAAACGGUGUCUCAAAUCGGAUAUGCCUCGUCCUUCGCAACACUGCUCGUUGCUAUGACCGUUUUCACUGUACUCAGAAAACUUAGAAAUCCGAGAAACAGACUUCAUAUGCAUUUAUUCACGUCGUUCAUGAUGAGAGCGUUUAUGGCUCUUCUCAAGGAAUGGGUCUUUGUCGAUGGUAUAGGUUUGGCAUGGGAUAUAGUUUUAGCUAAUGGUGAUGGUGUUUUAAUAAGAGAACGAAACACGUGGGCAUGUAAAAUUAUUACAAGUAUGUGGCAGUACUUUAUCGUAGCCAAUUAUGCUUGGAUACUCAUGGAAGGACUUUAUCUUCACAAUUUAAUAUUCUUGGCACUUUGUACCGAUACUACUGCGAUUACUUCUUACAUACUUUUAGGAUGGGGAUUACCGGGCUUGAUAGUUAUACCAUGGGUAAUAAUUCGUGCAACUGUCGAAGAUACUCUUUGUUGGACCACUCAUCAUAAUCCUUCCUUCUUUCUUAUCGUAAGAAUACCAAUAGUGAUAUCCAUUUUGUUCAAUUUUGGACUAUUCGUUAAUAUCGUUCGAGUGCUUCUCAUAAAAUUGAAGACGUCUGUACAUUUGCAACAUAAAAAAAUGCAGUAUAGAAGAUGGGCAAAAUCGACUCUGAUUUUGGUACCAUUAUUUGGUGCUCAUUAUACCCUUUUUUUGGGACUUUCUUAUCAAAAGGAUAAUUAUAUUGAAUUAGUAUGGCUAUUUUGCGAUCAACUAUUCGCAUCUUUUCAGGGAGCGUUCGUAGCUCUGCUUUAUUGUUUACUAAACGGUGAGGUAAGAGCAGAAGCUAGACGAGCAUGGAAGGCUCGACGUUCGAAAAAGGAUUCUCUUACACCAAUUCAUCGUGAUUUUUUCAAAAUCUCACAGAAUCAAACGCGAUGCGUUUUUCGUCGGCACGAUUGCGAUGAUUUGAAUUUUUCAGAAAGUACAACGAAACAUUUAUCCACUGUUUGAAAGUAAUAUACGUAACAAGUUUUAUUUACAUAUCUAAAUCUAGUUAUUAUGCUAGAUAUGUAGUAGAGAAAUUACACGUAUAUAAAAAUAU